UAGUCAAGGAGUGACAAAGAGAGAGAAAGUGGGGGGAGAAAGAGUGAGGGAGAGAGAGAGAGUUUGCAUGUGUGUCAGUGUCCAUAAUUGAUUACCUUCCAAUCUACAAUAACUUGUUAGUGGUGGUCAAUUGCGGCUGCUUUUUGGGAAUCACUGUCCACGGGAUGGUUUCAUGUUGUGGCUCGUGCGUCACCCCGUAACAGUAGACAGGAGAAGUGGGACUUUAACUGGACUCAAAGUCUCCCUACCCUGCGGCAAAGCGACCAACAUGCGGUUGCAGAAGCACCUGUGAUCGGAUUUCCAUUCUCCACAUUUCCCACAACUUUUCAUUUAGGCAUACUUAUUUGAAGUAUAACCAGAGCAUAAACAAAUCUCCGAAGUGUCACCUGAUAAACUACUAUGACCUCCAAAGAUCCCAUGGUUAUGGAGGACCGAAGACGCAAUGCGCUGGACCAGCUUCCGCCGCCGGCCAACUCCAACAAGCCCCUGACGCCAUUCAGUAUAGAGGACAUCCUGAACAAGCCCUCGGUAAAGAGAAGUUAUUCCAGCUGCGGGACCGCGCACCUGCUCUCCUCCAGCGAGAAGCUGUCCUCUUCAGGGCAUAGCCUGUCCAGCCGGGCCCUUUUCACCCAAACCUCCCCACUCUGCGCUCUGGAGGAGCUCGCCAGUAAAACCUUCAAAGGGCUCGAAGUCAGUGUUCUUCAAGCGGCGGAAGGCCGAGACGGCACGACACUAUUCGGUUCYCGGAAUAACCCCAAAAAGCGCCGGAAGUCUCGCACGGCCUUCACCAACCACCAGAUCUACGAGUUGGAAAAGCGCUUCCUUUACCAGAAGUACCUGAGUCCAGCUGACCGCGACCAGAUAGCACAGCAGCUCGGCCUCACCAACGCGCAGGUCAUCACCUGGUUCCAAAACCGGCGCGCCAAGCUCAAACGCGACCUGGAGGAGAUGAAGGCGGACGUGGAGUCGGCCAAAGCCGUGGGAACCGUGUCGUUUGAGAAGAUGGCCAAACUAGCCGAACUGGAGAAAUGCGCAGCUAACGGGGCGCUGGGCCCUAACAGAUCUGAGUCACCCUCGCUAUCGAACCAUGAGCGCAACACCUCGAACAAGCUCUUAUUGUCCUCCCCUUCGUCGCCAUAUACAGACCAUACUAGCAGCAAGGGCUGCUCCGAGGAUGAGGAGAUUGACGUGGAUGACUGAGGAUUUUACCAUUGUAUCUCCCUCUUACCACGACUAAAGUGCCAUUUAUGCACCACAUCAUGAGGCUUUUAUGAAGAACACUUAGCAUCGCAUGGACUGUGUCUUAUAUGCAACAACAGAUGCAGACAGUUAUUGUAUUCAUCCAUUCAUUUAACCAACGUGGAAUAGUUUAAAGAAAAGCAAUAUGUAAUUUAUCCACAAAUGAUCUGCCCACACACACACACACACACACACAAUCUUCCCGGUAUGAGCUAAUGCCACUAGCUAAUAACUCAACCUAUGAAUCAUUUCAAUGCAUGUUUUAUUUUUGUUUAACUUAAUUGUAAUUUAAACGACUGUUGGUUUGAAUAU